AUUCGAGUAAAUAUUUUAUGAUCUUGCCCACAAUGUUCGUUCUCAAAUAUUAAUCUCGUAUCUAGUUGCGAAGGGCAAGAGAUAAAUGGAUUCCAACCUCUGCAUCAACCUUUUGGGAUUCUCCUUUCUGAUCAUCUUCCUCAGCCAAACCCGAACUGAAGUUGCUGCAACUUACUACCUCCACCAUUACUGUCCAAACUCGACCACUUUCAACACCAACAGCGCCUACCAAUUCAACCUCAAUCGACUCCUCGCUUCCCUCUCAUCCAACGCCUCCCGCAACGAGGGAUUCCACAAAGCCACCGCUUCCGAUGAAACGGUCUACGGCCUCUUCCUCUGUCGCGGAGACAUCCCCGCCGACUCCUGCAGAGCCUGCGUUGCCGGCGCAGCCAGAGACGUAGUCGAGCGCUGCCCCGAGGAGAAAGUGGCCGUGGCCUGGUACGACGAGUGCAUGCUACGCUACUCAGACCAGCGUUUCUUCUCCAGUAUGGACUCCGUCCCUUCCGCUUACACGUGGAGCACCCAGAAUGUAUCGGAGGCAAACCUGUUUGACGAGCUGGUGAGAUCAACAAUGGAGGAGUUGGCAAGCGAGGUGAUCAAAGAUGUAGGUUCGGGGGCCAAGAAGUUUGGGACGAAAGAAGCGAAUUUCACAAGGUCACAAAAGCUUUACACUCUUGCCCAAUGCACGCCGGACCUCUCGCUUCAUGACUGCAAUAGGUGUCUGCAAAUAGCCAUAGCGAGUCUACAGAGUUGUUGUGGUGGAAAGCAAGGGGGCAGAGCUCUGUUUCCAAGCUGCCAUGUUAGGUUUGAUGUGCACCCGUUUUACCAGGCAGUAAAAAAAUCGGCCCCUGUUGGAAGUUUCAUUUUAAUGAAUUCUGAUGAUGAUGUAUCUGUUCAUUCUUCUCAUCUUCGUCAAAAUCCUUCGGAUGAUUCCUCUAGUCCAUAUUACUUGCAUCCAAGUGAUAAUCCUGGUGCAUUGCUGGUUUCAGAAAUAUUUGUUGGCAAUAAUUACAUUGCCUGGAGUCGAGCUAUCAUCAUUGCCUUAACUGUCAAGAACAAAGCUGCAUUUAUUGAUGGAUCAAUCCUUGCUCCUCCUGCUGAUCAACGUGUUCUCCACACUGCUUGGCUUAGAGCCAAUAAUCUGGUACUUUCUUGGCUUAUGAACUCCAUAUCGAAAGAAAUCAGAAGUAGUCUUCUUUAUGUUGCUUCUGCUGUCGAUUUAUGGAAUGAAUUGAAAACCAGAUAUUUGAGAAGUGAUGGUCCUAGAGUUUUUCAUCUUGAAAAAUCUCUCAGUUCCAUCACUCAAGGCUCUUUAACAAUUACGGAGUACUUCAGUUCAUUUAAGACACUUUGGGACGAAUAUCUCAACUACAGACCCUUUCCUACUUGUAGCUGUGGAAAGAUGGCUUCAUGCACCUGCAACCUAUUUGAUUUUCUUCUUAUGAGACAACAGUCUGAUUAUGUUUUAAAGUUUUUAGUUGGUCUCAAUGACUCUUAUGCCUCAAUAAGGAGUCAAUUACUUCUCUGUUCUCCAUUGCCAAGCAUGGCAAAUGUAUUUUCUUUGCUGAUUCAAGAAGAAAGUCAGAGAGAGUUGAAUAAUUCUGUUGAUCAUGAAACUCAUGCUCUGUUGGUCAAACAAGUUAAUCACCAGCCUAAGUUCUUGAAAGAAAAGUCAAAGAGGUCCUCUCUAUACUGUACUCACUGUGGGUACAAUGGACACACUGUGGAGAAGUGUUUCCAGUUGCAUGGAUACCCCCCUGGUUGGACUGGACCCAAAGGCAAGCGAUAUUCACCUACUGUAAAUGCAGCUAUCUCAAAUGAAGAGGUCUAUAUUACCAACAGCAAUGAGAACCAAAAGUUUUCUUUAACUCAUGAGGAAUUUACCAAGCUUUUAGCACUUGCUAAUUCAAAUCCUUCACUGCCUCAAACAAACCUCACACCAGCUGUGAAUCUUGCCACUUCUCAUUUCUCUGUUCAAGUCUUAAGUCAGUUCCUUUCCAAACCAGCAAUCAGUCAUUAUAAGGCAGCCACCAGAGUUCUUAGAUAUUUGAAAGCAACACCAGGACAAGGAUUACUUUUUCCCUCAUCAUCAGACUUGCAACUGAAAGCCUUUUCAGACAGUGACUGGGCAGGGUGUAUUGACACUCGAAAAAGUGUCACAGGGUUUGCUAUCUUCUUAGGCAACUCACUGGUUUCAUGGAAAAGCAAGAAACAGGCAACAAUAAGCAGGUCAUCUGCAGAGGCAGAGUAUCGGGCCAUUGCAUCAACCACCUGUGAGAUUCAAUGGCUUAUUUAUGCCUUGCAAGAUUUAGGAAUUAAUCAUUCUCAAUCAACAAUGCUCUAUACAGACAGCAAGGCAGCCUUAUCCAUAGCAACAAAUCCUGUUCAGCAUGAGAGGACAAAGCACAUAGAAAUCGAUUGUCACCUUAUCAGAGAAAAAUUACAGCAAAAAGUCAUCAAGCUAUUUCAUAUUCCUUCAAGGUUGCAGCUGGCAGACAUAUUGACAAAACCCCUUGAAUUUGUUUGUGUUUAUGCAGGAAAAAUUGAACUAUCACCGCUGAUAAUCACUGCCAUUGUUAUACCGAUUUUUGUCUCUCAUGCGGCGCUAUUCUUAAUGGGGUACUACUUCCUCAGUAGGAGAGGAAGAAAAAAGUACAAUGCCAUGCAGGAAGAAAAUGCUGCGAAUCACAUUACAACUGCAGGGUCCUUGCAAUUUGGUUUUGCUACAAUUGAAGCUGCCACUGGCAAAUUCUCAGGUGAUAACAAGCUUGGUGAAGGAGGAUUUGGUGCAGUUUACAAGGGUACACUUCCUAAUGGACAAAGAAUAGCUGUGAAGAGGCUAUCGAAAAGUUCUAGACAGGGUGCAGGAGAAUUUAAAAAUGAAAUCGUCCUAAUAGCCCGGUUUCAUCACAAAAACCUUGCAAAUCUACUGGGAUUUUGCUUGGAAGGAGAAGAGAAGAUCCUCGUCUACGAAUUUGUGCCCAACAAGAGCCUGGACUACUUUCUAUAUGAUCCCGAAAGGCGAGGACAACUUGAUUGGUCAACACGUUAUAGAAUUAUUGGAGGGAUCUCGCGGGGACUUCUUUAUCUGCACGAAGAUUCUCGAUUAAAAGUCGUACAUCGUGAUCUUAAAGCCAGUAAUAUUCUGUUAAAUGAAAAUAUGGAUCCAAAAAUUUCAGAUUUCGGCAUGGCACAGAUUUUUGGAGUCGAUCAAACUCAAGGAAGCACCAGGAGGAUUGUUGGCACAUAUGGUUACAUGUCCCCAGAAUAUGCUAAAUUUGGACAAUUCUCUGUGAAGUCCGACGUGUAUAGUUUUGGUGUUCUGAUUCUGGAGAUUUUAAGUGGCAAGAAGAUCAGUUCUUUCUAUCAGCCAGAUGGUGCUGGACACCUUCUAAACUAUGCCUGGAACCAUUGGAUGGAUGGAACGCUCUUGGAACUUUUGGAUCCAACACUGGGAGAUUCUUACUCGAGAAGUGAAGCAAUGAGAUGUCUCCAUGUAGGCUUACUCUGUGUACAGCACGAUCCAGCCGACAGACCCACAAUAGGAUCCUUGUUGUCUCACUCUAUUACUCUGCCGUCACCAAAACAACCAGCAUAUUUCUUUCCUUGUCGAACAGAGCAAAAAAUGCCGAUGAAGGAGCUCGAUUUAGAUCAGUAUGCUAGCAAAUCAACGCCGCGGUCUGUCAAUGAAGCCUCAAUCACUGAAGUAUGCCCUCGAUAGCGUUACUAUCUGUUCAUCAUUCGUGAACCCCAUAUUGGGGCUCAAAUUAGGCGUUUAGCUUCUAGUUUUCGAAAGGAAAAAAAAUCUCUCAGGAGUUCAUUUUGCUCGAAUUUUUCUUAGAGCACAGAGCACUGAUCUUAAACGCAAUAGCAGACUUAAAAACCUUUACUCUGAUGGCAAUGCAAGUCAUCUUGAGACCUCAACAGUGAACACCAGAGGAGGUGAUGGUGAAGAAAAAGAAUCAUGGUAAACCAACAAUGAGCCAGUUGAAGUACUAGACUUGCAUGUAGCUGCCUGGUCCAGUACCUAUAAUAACUUAAGAAGGUGUUAACAGGAAAUGCAGGUUGAAGAAAAAGAAAACAGAUUUUCUGACACCAGUCGUCCAGAUUAAAGUGCCACAAAAAUGCACGGGCCCUGGCCUGCAACUUCAAGUGUUUACAUAAUUGCAGAUAAAUUCAUUCCAGACGAAGUUCUCCUCAACGCCAUGUUCGAAACCAUGAAAUGGAAUGUGCCAUAUAAACUUAACAUUCCAAGUAUUAUCCAAAUAUACAAAGCUGCUUCUUUCUCAUCAAUGAAUGUACGACAUCUAUAAGUUUCAGUAAAGAUAGACGUGAUCGUUGUACAUGUGGGCCGUCAUGUUUAGAGAUUGUAGCAUUGCUUCUCCUCUUUUGUUGAAGUUGAAGACAGAUAUUCCACCAUUAUUCACAUCUAUUGCUCGGAACCUGAACCAUUCAAAGCUUUGUUAGGGUGGACUACCAAAGGAAAUUAUAGUGCAUAAAUGUGAAACCUUUUUAGUCAGAUGAUAUUUCAUGGUCAA